AUGGGUGACCUAAAGUACUUGGUCAGCAGCCAAUCCUCUGUGAGCAACAACAUGCUCAUGAGAGACCUCCUCAAUCCUCCAAUCUACUCUCUCAAUCCUGGACCAUCAUCAUCAUCAGUUCCAUCCUUGACACGCAGCUUUGACAACAUCGGUCCAAUACAUCAUCUACUCGAUAACAAGAUCCCUCAGACUCAGGCUCUGCCUCCCUUGAUCAACAAUGUGCCACACAAGAUCGUACCCAAGGUGCACUCAGUGUGUGUGCAGAGACUUGACCUUGAGUCGGCCACGUACCCUCAGGAGAUCACUCAUGACCGCAUCAGCAACAUUGAGUACCAGAUCAAAGGCCACAUCAACAAUGAUGACGAACUGAUCAUUCGUACCAUUCCUCUAAAGACCACUCACUUCUCCAUUGCCAACGAGCUAUCACAUGUUGAUCGUACUGGUAGAUGUUCAGUGAAUCCUACCAUAACAUGUUGUGUAACAAACAAGCCUGCCAAGACCAACACUGUAACACUACGCUCCUACCUCGUCAACGCACGAACAAUGUCACCCAUCAUCCAUUGGGACAGUCCUCCCAUCAAGUUCCACACCGGCCCAUCCUCCUCCACAUCCUGA